UAUCUGUGCGACAGCUUGUAUUUUCUGUGUGUAGCGAACUGUCCAAAUGGCAUAGUGAGAUCAACGCGACGUGCGAGAGAGCGCGCGUACGGUGUACUCGGAACUGUGUUGAGUGUUCCAAUUACGAUUUACUGUGUAUUAUCUGAUUCAAUGCAGUUGUAAAUAAAACAAAUUUAUUAUGGAUUUAAGCGUCGACGAAUUCAUCGAGGGUCUGUUCUCCAAAGAGGCUUUCGAGCAGCCCUCCGACACGAAGAAGCCAGAGGAUCUGGAAAUGAGAAUACCUGAGUGGUUUGACGAAAAACAGUUUAAUCAAGCACGGCGCUUCUACUGGGACAACUGCUUCCAAUUCACGUCAUCGAUGCUCUUGGGUCUCGUCGCGGUGUUCGCGAUACCUUCAAUAUUGCGAGUGCUCGUCGGCUCCAGACGGUCCUCCUCCACCUACACCGCGUACAAACGCUACCUCUCCACCCUAUUGCAUACCGUCUCUUGGUUCGAGAAUGAACUUAAACCCGGCAGCACUUCCUGGAAGUCUCUGUUGGCAGUCCGCAACCGACACGUGAGAGCCAGCUUAGCGGCCAAUGUAAAAGGACAGGGGAUAGUUUCCCAACGCGACUUGGCUCUCACGCAGUUUGGUUUCAUCGGCUUGUCAUUAUUGAAAACAGAUUCAUUUGGAAUCAGACAAAUGGAGGACGGCGACUGGGAAGCCUACAAUCAUUUCUGGAGAGUUAUCGGGCACGCCAUCGGCAUAGAAGACAGGUACAACAUCUGCCGCGCGGACGUGCAGCAGACGCGGCGCGUGUGCCGCGCGCUGCUCGAGCGCGUGUACGCGCCGAGCCUGGAGCGCGUGCCCGAGCACUUCGAGCACAUGGCGCGCGUCAUGCUGGACGGCAUGUGGAGCGUCAACCCCACCGUGCACGUCGACGCCAUGCUCUACUGGACCAGGUACCUGUGCGAGGUGCCGGGGUUCGUCUACACGGAGUCCGACCGGAUCGACUUGCAGAGGCGGAUCAGGGAGAAGUCGAACGGAAACUCGGACGACAUCGGUGUAGAUACAACGUCACUCCUGACCGCGGAGCCACUGAUCGAGCUACCGAAAGCGCCACCACGUCUGCUCUACCUGCGCGACUACGACAGCAUCGACACGAUUCCUGUGUACAAAAAGCUGCCGCUCGCCGCCAGAUACAAAAUGGCCCUCAACGCGAUCAUCGCGGUCUUCUACGGCUCGUACGUCGGCCGGCUCUACCUCAACUUGAACUUCAGAUUCAGCUUGCUGCUGAUGAAAUAUUUCCCAUACGUGGCGUUCUUCAGAUUCGGCGUGCUGGCGUCGUACGUCAGAAUAUUCAGCGAGGACCCGACCGACGACGAGGAGCCCAAGCCCAAUGCCGAAUAUUACAAGGAGCGGCCGCCGCUGCCGCUCUACAAAGAGUUAUUGUCGUUGCUGUGGUGAUAUCCAUGUUUAUGUAAUGCAUUUAUUGUUACAUGUUAAAUUCGCAUUUUAUAUAUUUCAUUCGGGUUUUAACCGCGAACAUUCCCAUUUUCGGGUAAAAUUAAAUAGUUUACUUUUAUACAACAAUGUAACGAAUACGAUAUAUGAAAUGCUUUAACGUAACUAGUGUAAGUUUAAAUUGUAAAUAUUUAUUUAAAUCGAAAUGUAUUAUGACGUUGUAAAGAGUAUUUUUAAAUGCAAGAUAUAA